CAUGUAACAACAAACAUGGCAACCGGCAGUAACUACUGGGAAGAUUUGCGUAAACAGGCCAGACAGCUGGAGAAUGAGCUGGACCUCAAGCUCGUCUCCUUCAGUAAGCUCUGCACCAGCUACAGCAGCAGCAGCAGCCGGGACCAGCGGACAAGAGACAGCAGGUCGGAUUCUGUCGGCUCGUCUCAAGACAAUAUGCUCGUGGCCAUGACUACUGAACUGGAGCAGCUAUUGGCCAGUCUCACAGGAGUCAAUGACAAGUUGGCAGAAUACACAAACACACCGGGAAUUUCGUCACAUAAUGCGGCAUUGAUGCACACCUUACAGAGACACAGAGACAUCUUGCAGGAUUACACUCAUGAGUUUCACAAAACCAAAAACAACUUCUUCAGCCUGCGAGAGCGAGAGGACCUACUAGGCUCUGUCCACAGAGACAUUGAGUCCUAUAAGAGCAGCACAGGAGUGAAUAACAGAAGAACUGAACUUUUCCUGAAGGAACAUGAACAUCUCAGAAACUCAGAUAGUCUCAUUGACAAUGCGAUAAGUAUCGCCAUGGCUACCAAAGAGAACAUCACAUUUCAGCGUGGGAUGUUGAAGUCCAUUCAAACCAGGGUCACAACUUUGGCUAAUCGUUUCCCAGCCAUCAACAGCCUCAUCCAGAAAAUCAAUUUGCGCAAGAGGCGGGACUCUUUAAUUCUAGGCGGGGUGAUUGGCGUCUGCACCAUACUCCUGUUGCUCUACACUUUCCACUGAUUCAACUGACGGAACCUUAACUUUCUUAUAAAAACAAAAAAUUAAUGUAUCUCAAGACUUUUUUUUUAAAAAAAAGUUCUUAUAUCGUAAU